CUUUCCUUUCCCUGCUUAUUAAUAUGUAAUAUGUCUUAUACAUUCACUCUUAGCAAACACUAACUUAUAUUCAAAGUAUGGACGCCAAUGCAAACGCUGUGCCCAUUCCAGCUUCCCCCGGGCCUCAGCAGGCGGCUGCUCCUGCAGCCGGGCAGCAACGAGUUGUUACGAGGGGCACUGUCCCCCUUUAUAACCUAGAAAUUAUCCCUCCCGGACAUUACGAUCCUAACCUCCCUCGACAAUGCACCUAUCCCAAUUUCAACUCUCACCUAUCAAUUCUUCAACGACGACAGCUUAAGCAACUCGUGAACACUCUCGAGCAACCUAUUACCAUUGACCUACCGACAAAGCGCGACUACUACGAUAGCGCACUAGUUAUCUCUAACCUCAAUCAAGAGCGUGUCCUCGCCAACCUUGGAAAGCACCCACUAGCCACCAUCGCUGAACAAGACCAGGCAAGUUCUACUGUUGCCGACGAAGAUUCUUACCAAGAAUCCCCUCAAGAAUCCAACGAAAGAUUCCGCGAGGAAUCUAUCAGCUCCAUCGACGAGGAAGUUCAAGUCAACGGCGAACUUACCAACAUGGCUGAGAGCAACAGCGGCCCGUUCGAUGCUGACAAAUACCUGGAUUCUAUUGAGGACCCCGAGCAGCGCAAGAAGACCAUAAAUGCUGGAAUGGAUGCCAUGUGGCCCUCCAACCACGUAGUCAACAACGUCUGGCGUCACCCCUACUAUCGCGGCGAAGAAGAAGACGGCGACUACGAAACCUGGUUCAGAGCUACAGCUCACGAACUUGACUGGGACAAUGAUGACCCCUACUAUGAGCCCGAGGAUGAUGAGCAUUGGAGGGAGAUGAGCGUACCUCAGAUUGGCGAUGAGGGCAUUCCCGACCAGGCAGCUCUUGACUAUGUGAUGCAUAUGCGAUACCAGCGCGAGAGAAUGGAAGUUGCGAUUCGACGAAAGAGAGAGCUGUGGAAGGAGCAACAUGGUGGCGCUUACGAUGCCUUGGCUGCUACUUUUGGAAUCUACGGCGGCAACGUCGAAGAAGAAGAAGAAGAAGACGACGGCAAUGACGAUGAGGAGGAGGAGGAGGAUGGUGAUGAUGAGGCCGAGGAACCUCCUGCCCCUCCCAGUCGCCCCAUUCGCCCCAUCCGCAUCAAGCUAGUCUCUAAGGCUAAGAAGGAUAUUGCAAACGACACUGCUUCCAAUAUUGCUAGUCCCCAGGACCCCCACCAACGUGGUGUUAGUCUCGUCUCAAGUACUGGUCUCUAUUCUACGCCGGCCCCGGGCUCCCCGUCAAGCUCAGUCCGUUCAUCGAAGCGCGGUCGUGGUCGUGGUCGUGGCCGUGGCCGUGGCCGAGGACGUGGUCGCGGUAGUGGUCUCAAGCGCAAGCUGGAUGACGACGCAGCGUAUGAGCCGGAUAGUGAUGAGUCUGACGAACAGGACGGUACGCGCAGGAAGCGACGCCGAACCACCUGAACGUGAUUGGAAUGGCCUUUCCCUUUCGGAUGAAUGAUGCCAGGGAGGGGAUACGAAGUUACAACAAGACUAUAUACCGAGAUCUGGAAGCUCGUCGUUUGCGAAUAUGGCCUUGGAACUUGCGCGCUUGGUUCGUCUAGCACUACUCCGAUAUUGAGAGUAAGAGGUGGACAUGGGAUGAGACGGCUCGAGGAUUGCGUCUAGGUCUAACUACUUGAUUUGGACGGGGAGUCGAUAAGCUCGUUACUAUAGGAGGGGAAUCGAGUUACGAUUCUUCUGUUCUUCUGGCAGCAUGGCAGUCAAUAGGCCAUGACUGCUUACCAUUAGGCGUCACAUUCACUCUGAGUUGAUGCGAUAUAUAUGGAUACUAGUGCUAUUUGCUGAUAACGA